AUGAUUAAUAUAGAUGAUAAAAGUUGUACAGAAGAUACAAACAAAACCACAAUGAUUAAUGUCAAUGAUGAUGUUACUAGUGUUCGUGAUACCAACACAAGGGUAAAGAGUGAUAUUAGAAUUGGUGAUGGUGAUGCCAGCGGUGCUGCUAGUCAUGUGAGCGAUGAUUCACUUCAAACUCGUUUAGAAAUGACACGAUGUCAAUUUCAUAGUGUUCUAGAAGAAUUAUUUCUUGAAUGUAUUAACUGGGGUCGUAUAAUUGCAAUGUUGGCAUUUUUGCGAACAUUAUGUGAAGUUGUUGAAGAGAACAAUAAACAUAUGAAUUAUCCAGUUUCACAUCAGUCAGUUCCACAGCCUCAUGAUGUUUCCAAGUCAACUGAUUUGCCCAUUAUUUCUUGUGAACAAGUUGAGCAUAAUAAGGCUCCUGAGCAUCCCCACUCCGCAUGGUACCUAAGCGGGAUCAGGAAUGGCAACCCUGAUUCUCACUAA